AUGACAGCGAGAAAACCAAAUAAUCUGCAAACACUUGAAGGGGAGUUGAUAUGUAGCAGAAUUCAUCAACUGAAGGCAAUCUAUCUAUCUAUCUAUCUAUCUAUCUAUCUAUCUAUCUAUCUAUCUAUCUAUCUCUGUUCAUAUCUAUCUAUCUAUCUAUCUAUCUAUCUAUCUAUCUAUCAACCUUAUCUGUUCAUAUCUAUCUAUCUAUCUAUCUAUCUAUCUCAGUCUGUUUAUAUCUAUCUAUCUAUCUAUCUAUCUGCAAUAUGUUCAUAUCUAUCUACCUAUCUAUCUAUCUCAGUCUGUUCAUAUCUAUCUAUCUAUCUAUCUAUCUAUCUGUUUCAGUCUGUUCAUUAUCUAUCUAUCUAUCUAUCUAUCUAUCUAUCUAUCUAUCUAUCUAUCUAUCUAUGUAAGUUUUUGUUCAACUUUCACUCUGUCCUUAAUCUAUCUAUCUAUCUAUCUAUCUAUCUAUCUAUCUAUCUAUCUAGGUCACUGUUCAUUAUCUAUCUAUCUAUCUAUCUGAGUUUUUGUUCAUAUCUAUCUAUCUAUCUAUCUAUCUAUCUAUCUAUCUAUCUAUCUCCACCUGGGUAUGACGAAAAAUUACAUCCUGCAGGGAGGUCUCUGAUCAAAUAUCUAUCUAUCUAUCUAUCUAUCUAUCUAUCUAUCUAUCUAUCUAUCUGUUUCUCUGUCUCUGUAUUAAUCUCUGUCCCUGUCUAUCCAUCGUUGCUUUCUGUCUCUCAAUUCAUAUCUAUCUAUCUAUCUAUCUAUCUAUCUAUCUAUCUAUCUAUCUAUCUAUCUAUCUAUCUGUGUAUGUAG